UCUUGUGUUGAUUUCCGACCAGAUGACGCCAGCCGGAUCGAUACGAGAACAGCGAAUGUGGCGCUGUCUCUCAAUUCUCUCGAGCAGCGCCACCGCCCUGUCGCGAUUCUAAGUGUUCUGAUGUCGAUUUCAAGAAUGCACAGGUAAAGAUUAUAUUUCGUUCGUAGUUUACGACCGAUGAUAAGUAAUAUUUUAUAGUUUUUUUUACAAUCGAGAUUAAAGUUUUACGUUAGAAUUUUUAACCUCGCAUUACUGCGUAGGAAACAACUAAGAUUCAGCUAAAUAUUGUGUCUAAUUUCGCGUAUAACAUAUUAACAUGGCCCCCCCUUAUGCUUCUGCAAUCUGAGCUCUGUCUCUGAUUUCGGUUUCGUGUUUCACAAUAAUUUCUUGGAUUAAUUCAAUUUGACACGCGCACUCUAUUUGUUGAUUCAAGAUUAUCAGUUCAGAGAAUGGAUUUCAGUUUAUGUUCUUCUUUGCUAUAAGAAUAUUUCGGCAAUUUGGGGCUUGUUUCCUUUAGAUUGCUUAUUCAUUUGAUUUCUUUGGUUUCGUCGUGGACGGCUUAAUACUUCGAUAAACCACUAUCUCGAUAAAAAGAAGGCCCCAAAGAAUCAAGGUCCUGAAAGAAGUCGGCAAGUUCAACCUACUCAUCGUCGAAAAGGGCCCGAGCUUCAAGUCUCGGUCUCUAAAACUCGUUCUACUUACGAUCGUAUGCGGGAUGAUUCUGACACUGAUAUACGCCCCGACAGUGUACAAUGACCGUCAGCCCCGUUCCAGUUCUCGGUUCGGAGAAGUCGGUUGGAUUUGGGACCGGACGAAGUUCGAUCCCCGAUAUGUAUCAUCCCUAGAUAUUCAAUGGAAUGACAUAUCGAAAGCCCUCGAAAAUCUGCACCCUGCAAAAGGAAAGCUCGAAAUUGGCUUAUUGAACUUCAAUUUUACGGAAUUCGGCCACUGGAAGCAAAUGUACCCCAACACAGAUCUUUCAGUUAUUCGACUCGACCGCGCCGAAAAAAGUGUUACAUGGGCGAAGCUCUACCCCGAAUGGAUCGACGAAGAGGAAGAGACCAAAAUUCCGGCAUGCCCGUCACUUCCUGAGCCCGAGUUCCGUUUGGGCUCGCAAUUCGACCUGAUCGUCGUCAAGUUACCGUGCAGCAAGUCAGGAAGCUGGUCGAGAGACGUGGCGCGGCUGCACCUGCAGCUCUCGGCGGCCAAAGUCGCGGUGGCUUCUUCGAGAAGCACUUCUCCGGUCCACGUUCUUGUGGUGACCGAUUGUUUUCCGAUCCCGAACUUGUUUCCGUGUAAAUACCUCGCGAGAAGAGAAGGCAAUGCUUGGCUGUAUAAGCCGGAUUUGAGCACACUCAGGGAAAAGCUCCGGCUUCCGGUCGGGUCCUGCGAGCUCGCGGUCCCUCUGAAAGCUAAAGCGCGGUUAUACUCGGUGCGCAGACGCCGGGAGGCGUACGCGACAAUCCUGCACUCGGCGGACGCGUACGUCUGCGGGGCGAUCGCCGCGGCGCAGAGCAUCCGGCAGGCGGGGUCGCGCCGCGACCUGGUCAUCCUCGUCGACGAGUCGAUCAGCGGCGAGCACCGCGCGGGGCUGGAGUCCGCCGGCUGGAAGGUGAGGACGAUACGGCGCAUUCGCAAUCCGAAGGCCCGGCAGGACGCGUACAACGAGUGGAACUACAGCAAGUUCCGGCUGUGGCAGCUCACCGACUACGACAAGGUGGUCUUCGUCGACGCCGACCUCCUCGUCCUGCGGAGCGUGGACUUCUUAUUCGCGGCGCCGGAGAUCAGCGCCACGGGGAACAACGCGAGCCUGUUCAACUCCGGCGUGAUGGUGAUCGAGCCGUCGAACUGCACGUUCGGGCUGCUGAUGGAGCACGUCCACGAGAUCACGUCGUACAACGGCGGCGACCAAGGCUACCUGAACGAGAUCUUCACGUGGUGGCAUCGGAUUCCGAGGCGCAUGAACUUCCUGAAGCACUUCUGGGAGGGCGACAGCGAGGCCGCGAAGGCGCAGAAGACGCGGCUGUUCGCUGCGGAGCCGCCGGUGCUCUACGUGCUCCACUACCUGGGGAUGAAGCCGUGGCUGUGCUUCCGCGACUAUGACUGCAACUGGAAUGCGGAUAUAUACAGGCAGUUUGCGAGCGACGCCGCGCACGCGAGGUGGUGGAGAGUGCACGACGGAAUGCCGGAGAAUCUGCGGAAGUUUUGCUUUCUGAGCACGCGGCAGAAGGCGGCGCUGGAGUGGGACCGCAGGCAGGCCGAGCAGGCGAAUUUCAGCGACGGUCAUUGGAGGAGGAGCAUUCGCGAUCCGCGGCGCGGAGUUUGCGUGGAGAAGUUCUGCUCCUGGGAGAGCAUGCUGCUGCACUGGGGCGAGACGAAUUGGACCGGCGCGAGCACGGUGCAGGUGCAGGGGCAGGUGCAGGUGCAGGCGAAUCCGAGUUUAUGAUACAAAGAAGCAUUUCUAUAGUUGAUCUUGGGAUUUUUUUUUUUUUCUUUUUAUUUUGGAAUUUGUUGGAUUCUAUAUCAAUCUUUUGUUUGUAGAAAUAAUUUGAUAGAAAAUAUAUAGUGUAAUCUUUGUUGAAAGAGAGAUUUUUUUUGGGUUCAGGUUCGAAGUGUGAAGGUGGCCAUGUUUGAUAUCUCAUUUGUGUGGUGUUUCGAAUGUAAUAAAGAUUCUGAAACCUGAUAUGUUGAGGAGUUACAGUUUCUUUUCU